AUGGAAAAGGCAAUGAAGGAAAGCUUCCUGAGGGCACUACACCAAGCUGUCAGCUCGCUUUACCAACGACAGAUUGUGGAAUUCCUUCGUCCAUGGAUUUUCUAUGGUCCAAAGCUCUGGGCAAUCUCCCCCAUCCCUUCCCAGCUCUCCAUCCUUAGCGGCCGGAACCACUUGGACAUCUCCGCGCUUCACACGCGCUACGGGCCAGUUGUCCGCAUCGGCCCGACCGAGCUCGUGUUCUUCUCCGCACAGGUUUUUCGUGAUAUCUACGGCUUCCGCCCCGGCGGUCGGAGCUGUCUAAAGAGCCGGAGGCAGUAUGUUUUGCCGCCCAAUGGUGCGGACAACUUAGUGAGUGCGGUGGGCAAUUCGACGCACUCGAAACAAAGGAGGCUAUUGGCCCAAGCCUUUUCGGAGCGCGCGUUAAGGGAGCAAGAGGGGCUGAUAAGGGCGUACGUCGAUACGCUCGUGGCGAAGUUAAGGGAGGCGGCUAGGCAAGGCGGCCCGGAGCGGAAGGCGGCGGUGGACAUAAAGAACUGGCUAAACUAUACUACUUUUGAUAUCACCGGGGACCUGAUGUUCGGCGAGCCAUUCGUCUGCUUAAAAGAGAGCAAGCUGCAUCCUUAG